AUGACACUCCCCAAGGGCCUCCACAAUGCUGUGUUCUAUGGGCAGCACCCAGAGAAGAAGGUGUCACUACCCUCCAUGAAGGAGGUGAAGCAGACCCCUGUGAUCAUGGCAAAGCUCAAAGGUCCAGGGCCUGCCAAGUACCUUCGGCCAUCCUGCACUGGCUACAUAGACCACGACACCUCCAUGUUCCAGGAACCAGCCUACACCCUGCAUACCCGGCACUCGGAGAAACGGAUUGUGGAUGUGCACAGCCCUGGGCCUUGCUAUUUCUUGGAUCCCCAAAUAACUCGAUUCGGAGUGUCCAGCUGCCCACAGGUCCCCAUGGAGGAGCGUAUCUCCAACCUGCGCCUGCUCUCCACCCCAGCCUCCUGCCACUACCACUCGGAGAAGAUCCCCCCACUUGAUGAACGCAGGGCUCCCCAGUACACGUUCGGCUACCGGUGCCCAUACAGAGUGAUGGACCCCAACCCGGCCCCCAACCAGUAUCAGCUGCCACUCUUGCUGGGGCCUAACAUCCCCACCAAGCGAUCUGCCCCUUGCUACAGUCUGGCCUCCCAGGACAAGAACUGGUUCUACAAGGAGGACGUGGCAGGGGGCCCUGGGCCCGCCAUGCAUGCCCGGCCCGAGCCAUCUGUCUACCAGAACCGCAGCCCCAGCUACAGCAUGGCCAAGCGCUUUGGCUACCCGGUGGAGCACACACCUCGGCCCGGCCCCGGCUCCCACGAGGUCCAGCAGGUCACAGUGCACAAGCCCCGAGCACCAGCCUUCUCCAUGGGCAUCAAGCACUCACCCCACUUGACCCCUCUGGUCAUCGACAUUCACGACUGA